CUAUCAUUUGAAAAAAAAAAACACAAAACAAAACAAUCCCUCACUCGUUAAUAAAGAGACGAAGCCGCUAUCUCAGCCGAAAGAAGGGCUGUUCUGUCUUCCAUUUAAGGAGUUGAAAUCUCAGAAGAGGAGGGAAAAUGCCGUUGGGAUUGAUACUAGGGUUAGGAAGGUCAAUGAGAAGGAAGAGGACCUCGUCGCUCCUAAUCCUCUCUUCGAAAAGAGGCCCUCGAGAUUACUACAAGGGCAAGAACUGCAAACCCACCGGUUUCCAUACCCGCAAAGGUGGGUACGUCUUGGUGAAUGAAAAAUUGCCGAACUACGUUGUACCUGAUUUGACUGACUUCAAGCUGAAGCCGUAUGUAUCACAAUGCGCCAGAGAAGCAACCACGACUGAGGCGGCCGAUCCUGCCAAAUAGGUUGCUGAAUCAAAGGAUUGGUUGUACUCUGUGCCCUUUUUCGGGAUGGGUAACAAAAUAUUCAUUGGAAGGGAAAUGAAGGUAGGAAGGAUAUGGAUUCCCAUUCCCCCUUUCUGCCAUUUUUUUUUUCCGGUUGUUUCUUCAUAGGCAUCCAAGUGAAGUACAACAUUUGAUAGGAAAACAAAAAUAGCAUUAGCUUUAAUGACUUGAUGGGCUUCCCUGCUGGUUUUUUUUUCUUUGAGAAGUCUGGAAAGCACUAUCAUUUUCA